GCGGAAAGGUCUCGAGGUCCUCGACUCUCCCUCCUCUUUCUGUCUCUCGCCCCCUAUCGACGAGAGUCCGCACUCCUCGCCCCUUCUUCGAAGAAACCCCAAGAUCCCUUCUCCCUCCCACGAGAACUAGGGUUUCCCGAUUCCUAGCUUGUCCUAUGGUUCGAUUUCUUCGCCGGGAGAUCUCUUUACCCGUGCCUCUCCAAGAAAGCGGCUUUCUCGGGCUCGCCGUUGCCCCAUGUCCUCCGCCCUAGCUCGGAGCGUCGCGGCUUGGUUGCAUCUGUUCUGAGAUGGGAGUCUCGCGCUGGGUUCUGUCGAUCUGGGUGAUCUUUUGUUGCUUCUUGGCAUGUGGGUCUUCUGAACCGGAGGAUUUCCGGCUGGCAUUUCCAAUUUUGGAGCCAGAUCCUGAUCAUACUAAACUCCGUCUUGCAAGAGAGGGAUUGGAGGCAAUUGAAAGAAUUACGACCCCUAUAGCCGCCGUUGCUGUUAUUGGUCCGUACCGAUCAGGAAAAUCCUUUCUUCUCAAUCAACUUCUCUCGCUGCAAUGUGAUGAAGGUUUUGGUGUUGGACAUAUGCGUGAUACAAAGACAAAAGGAAUCUGGGUUUGGGGUACCCCGGUUGAAUUGGUUAUCGAUGGAACAAAGGUGUCAGUGCUGUACCUUGAUACUGAAGGAUUUGAAAGUGUCGGGAAAUCGAAUGUAUAUGAUGAUAGGAUCUUUGCUCUGGCAACAGUUAUGAGUUCUGUGCUUAUCUACAAUCUGGCUGAGACGAUUCGUGAGGCUGAUAUAUCUCGUCUGUCAUUUGCUGUCGAAAUUGCAGAAGAAUUCUAUGGAAGGGUUAAGGGACAGGAUGUUGCAUUUGAGCCUGCUAAGCUCUUAUGGCUUAUCCAGCGAGAUUUCCUCCAAGGGAAAUCUGUUCAAGAAAUGGUGAAUGAAGCUCUUCAACGCGUCCCUAAUAGUAAUGGAGACAAAAACAUUGAUCAGGUAAAUCAAAUUCGAGAGUCCCUGGCGAUUAUGGGUAAUAAUAAUACAGCCUUUAGCUUACCACAGCCUCAUCUUCAAAGAACGAAGCUUUGUGAAUUGAAGGACGGUGAACUUGACCCAAUAUAUGUAAAGAAGAGGGAGCAGUUGAAACAACUUGUCACAUCCAUUAUACGUCCAAAAAUUGUGCAGGGUAAACCUCUGAGUGGAAAAGAGUUCGUGUCUUUUCUAGAACAGAUUCUUGAAGCCUUGAACAAGGGAGAAAUUCCAUCAACAGGUUCUCUUGUUGAGGUUUUUAAUAAGGCGAUUCUUGAACGGUGCUUGAAGCUGUACGGUCAACGGAUGGAGAGGUUUGGUUUACCAGUGCCAGAGGGUAAAUUACAGCAGGCUCAUGAUGAGUCAGAAAAGGAAGCAAGAAAACUCUUCGACCAACAGCAUUUUGGUCGCCAUUAUGCUAAACAAUCUGUCCUAAAACUUGAAGAUGAGAUAGAGAAGGUUUAUCGAAAUUUCCUUAUGGCAAAUGAAUAUCAGUCAUCAAAAUUGUGUGAGGCCUUGUACACAAAGUGCGAGGAUCUGAUGGAUGAGCUUCAGGUCUUGAGACUUCCUUCUAUGGCAAAAUUUAAUGCUGGUUUUCUUCAGUGCAAUCGAAGUUUUGAAAAAAACUGUGUUGGGCCUUCAAAGGAAACUUAUGAGAAGAGGAUUGUGAAGAUGCUUGGGAGGUCCCGCUCUCUUUUCAUCAAGGAUUAUAAUAACAGACUUUUCAAUUGGUUGGUGGCUUUCUCCCUCGUUCUGGUUGUAGUGGGUCGGUUUGUCAUCAAGUUCAUUUUGCUAGAGAUUGGUGCAUGGAUGAUGUUUAUUUUCUUGGAGACAUAUACGAGGAUAUUCUGGUCGCCAGAAUCGUUGUACUAUAAUCCUGUUUGGCAUUUUAUUGUGGCUACUUGGGAAGCUAUAGUUUAUAGCCCUCUUCUUGAUCUGGAUAGAUGGGCAAUUCCCAUUGGAAUUCUGCUAAUUAUUCUGCUUCUAUACUGGCGGUGUUGCGAGAGGAGACAUGGUGCUCGUUCCAUAUUACCGCUGUAUAAUAACCCUCGUAAAGGUGGCCGCAAUCGCCCGAGAUCAGACUGAAGACAAAGCCUGAAGGAAGUUUGCAUCAUUCAGCUUCCGUGCCCAGGAGAUCUGCUGUAUGACGAUCAUCCAUAUCGUUGGAUGGGCCUUAUUCUUUGGCCUGCCAAUCGGUUCAGAUCAUUCAGCUAUUAUGAUAAAGAGAUGAAAGGAUCAAGCAAUUGGACGAAUAGCUGCAAGCAUUUAUUAUGUUUUUUUAUCUGAAAUAUGCAUAUUUCUAUACAGAUGUCUUGUAUACUUCAUAUUCUUUGUUACAAUUCAACUUUUCGGAACUGUCAAUAUUUUUAUCAAUAUUACAGCAGUCUGUGUUUUAUGUUCUCUAUUCAUCAAAUAUCUCAAAUUUGCUGCGAGGUCUUUAAGGCUUGCGCGGGCAGCUUUUUGUUUA